GUCCGAAUAAAUAAAGUAAUGAAGUCGGUGACUGUCUUCGCCAAUAUCAAUCUAUGGAUCAGAAUCCGUACAGGAGGAAAUCGUCUCCGAUCAGAACCACAACCGGCGGUUCAAACUCCGUCGGUUACUCACAACUACUUCCGAUGAAGUUUCUCAGCUCAGGCACGAUGAAGCUCACGAGAACCUUCGCUACUUGCUUGAUACUCUUCUCUGUGCUAUUAGCAUUCUCAAUGAUCUUCCAUCACCACCCAUCUGAUCCUAAUCGGAUAAUGGGUUUCGCUGAGGCAAGAGUUCUCGAGGGCAGAGACUACUCCAAUGUUACUACUAUCGAUUCAAAUGAUUCCGAUAAACUUCUGGGAGGACUACUUGCUACAGGGUUUGAUGAACAUUCAUGCCUCAGUAGAUACCAAUCAUCACUAUACCGUAAACCUUCGCCGUACAAGCCUUCUCCUUACCUCGUCUCCAAGCUCAGAAACUACGAAACGCUUCACAAGCGAUGUGGUCCUGGCACUGAAUCUUACAAGAAAGCUCUAAAGCAACUUGACCAAGAUCAUAUCGAUGGCAAUGGUGAAUGCAAAUACGUCGUGUGGAUCUCCUUCAGCGGGUUAGGAAACAGGAUACUCUCUCUAGCCUCGGUCUUUCUCUACGCGCUUUUGACGGACAGAGUCUUGCUCGUAGACAGAGGGAAAGACAUGGAUGAUCUCUUCUGCGAGCCGUUCCCUGGUACCUCGUGGUUACUUCCUUUAGAUUUCCCGAUGACGUCUCAGUUUGAUGGGUUAAAUCAAGAAUCCUCUCGCUGCUACGGACAUAUGCUGAAGACUCAGGAGAUCAGCAACGAGAAAACUCUGUCUCAUCUUUACCUUCAUCUGAUCCAUGACUAUGGAGAUCAUGACAAGAUGUUCUUCUGUGAAGAAGACCAAACCUUUAUAGGGAAAUCCCCUUGGUUGAUAGUCAAAACAGAUAAUUACUUUGUUCCUUCUCUAUGGCUGAUCCAUGGCUUCGACGAGGAGCUAAACAAGCUCUUCCCGCAGAAAGAAACCGUCUUUCAUCACUUGGGGAGAUAUCUUUUCCACCCAAGAAACCAAGUAUGGGGCUUGGUCACUAGAUACUACGAAGCUUACUUAUCGAACGCGGAUGAGAAGAUAGGGAUUCAGGUGAGAGUUUUCGAUGUAGAAGCUGGUCCGUUUCAGCACGUUAUGGAUCAGAUUUCAUCUUGUACUCAAAAGGAGAAGCUUCUACCUGAAGUAGACACACUACUAGUAGAAAGAUCACACCAAGUUAAAACCCCAAAACACAAGGCUGUGCUUGUCACAUCUCUAAGCUCAGGUUACUCGGAGAAUCUAAAGAAUAUGUACUGGGAGUAUCCGACGUCAACAGGUGAGAUCAUCGGUGUUCAUCAGCCGAGCCAAGAAGGUUAUCAGCAGACUGAGAAGAAGAUGCAUAACGGGAAAGCUCUUGCGGAGAUGUAUCUUUUGAGUAUGACAGAUAAUCUUGUGACGAGUGGUUGGUCUACGUUUGGAUAUGUAGCUCAAGGUCUUGGAGGUUUAAAGCCUUGGAUACUGUAUAGACCCGAGAACCGUACUGCUCCUGAUCCUGCGUGUGGUCGGGCUAUGUCGAUGGAGCCUUGUUUCCACUCGCCUCCUUUCUAUGACUGUAAAGCCAAAACGGGCAUCGACACAGGGAAACUAGUUCCUCAUGUGAGACAUUGUGAGGAUAUAAGCUGGGGACUUAAGCUAGUAUGAAUGGUUUUACUCUGUUUUUUGAUUAUAUGAUGUUGUAACAACACCCUCUCUCUUCUUAUAUUAGCUUUUUAUAAAAGUCAAAAUUUUGCUGCUUUUGACAUUUUCUCAAAUUAGAUAAAAACAAGAGCAUAAAGGGUUCUUUUGUUACCAAAGUUUAUGUGAUGAUCUUUGGCUCUUUGCUUCUCAUACUCUUUUCCACUAUGAAGAAGGUUAAAAGGGAGCGCUCAGAUUUGAUUCCUACUAUCCUUUUUUUUUAGCUUUCCUUUUUCCUGAAAUCUUAGGGUUUCUGAAUGGAUCUGCAUCCCUCCAGAAGGAGACUCUCUCUCUCCAAGGGCAUUGGUAAACAGCCUGAAGAACAGAUUGGAGUCCAAGAAAAGAGAUACAGAUUGUUCGGAGCAAUGAGAAUCACAGAGAUCAUAGCUUAUAUCAUGGUCAUUACCCCUGUUUUGCUAGUAAUCGCAGUAAUCUUUGGACAUGACUCGUAUGAUCAAGGAUAUGAUUUCGCUGAAGCAUCAAGAAUCAUCCAAAUAAAACCAGAACCAAAUUUGACAUCCUCAGCUGAUUCAACAUUACAGAGAGAUCAGAAACAAAACGAUUCUGUAAAUUUGUCUCUGCUUGGAGGACUACUUGUUCCUGGUUUCAAGAAAGAUUCUUGCUCGAGUAGAUACCAAUCUUACCUCUACCGUAAAGCUUCACCGUAUAGACCUUCUCUGUAUCUACUUUCGAAGCUUAGAGCUUACGAAGAGCUUCAUAAGCGAUGCGGACCGGGAACCAAACCAUACAGCAACGCGAAGAGACUGCUUAAACCGAAACAAACCGGUGAUUUGGAAUCAGAAGGAUGCAAGUAUGUUGUUUGGAUGGAGUUUAGCGGUUUAGGGAACAGGAUCAUCAGUAUAGCCUCUGCGUUUCUGUACGCUAUGUUGACAGAUAGAGUCUUGCUCGUUGAAGGAGGAGAGCAGUUUGCAGAUUUGUUCUGUGAACCGUUCCUCGAUGCCACUUGGCUAUUACCUAAAGAUUUCACCUUAACUAAACAGUUCAGUGGCUUUGGUCAAAACUCAGCUCAAUGCCAUGGAGAUAUGCUCAAGAGGAAACUGGUUAAUAGUUCAUCGGUUUCGUCUCUGUCUCAUCUUUAUCUCCAUCUAGCUCAUGAUUACAACGAACACGACAAGAUGUUCUUCUGCGCAGAAGAUCAGGAUCUCUUGAAGAGUGUUCCUUGGCUGAUCAUGAGGACGAACAACUUCUUUGCCCCGUCUCUCUUCUUGAUCCCUUCUUUCGAGGAAGAGCUCGGUAUGAUGUUCCCGGAGAAAGGAACGGUUUUUCACCAUUUGGGUCGUUACCUCUUCCAUCCUUCGAACCAUGUGUGGGGACUGAUCACAAGAUACUACCAAGCUUACUUAGCCACAGCAGAUGAGAGGAUUGGUCUUCAGAUAAGAGUCUUUGAUGAGAAAUCAGGAGUCUCUCCUCAAGUCACUAACCAAAUCAUUUCUUGCGUUCAAAACGAGGAGAUACUACCAAAACUAAGCAAAUCAGGAGAGCAACACAAGCAGCCAUCAGAAGAAGACGUUAAACUCAAAGCUGUCUUGAUCACUUCUUUAACAACAGGAUACUCUGAGAUCUUGAAGACGAUGUACUGGGAGAAUCCGACUGUGACAAGAGAUGUGAUUGGGAUACAUCAGCCAAGUCACGAAGGACAUCAGCAAACAGAGAAGCUAAUGCAUAACAGGAAAGCUUGGGCAGAGAUGUACUUACUGAGCUUAACGGAUAAGUUGGUUAUAAGUGCUUGGUCUACGUUUGGGUAUGUAGCUCAAGGGCUUGGAGGAUCAAGAGCUUGGAUUCUGUAUAAGCAAGAGAAUCAAAACAACGUAAACCCUCCUUGUGGUAGAGCCAUGUCACCAGAUCCUUGCUUCCAUGCUCCUCCUUACUACGAUUGCAAAGCCAAGAAAGGAAUCGACACUGGUAAAGUUGUCCCACACGUUAGACAUUGUGAGGAUAUUAGCUGGGGACUUAAGCUUGUUGACAACUCAUGACCUGAAACAAGACUGUGAAAUUUUUUAUACUUAGACUAAGUUACUUAUAUAAGAAGCAAAACAUUCCUUCUCCGUUCCUAUUUGUGUUUCCCUAGUGAGUUCUUUGCUUGCCCUGCAAUGGAAUACAUAUUUUUCUG